CAACAAACCAUUCCGAAUUUCCAAAGGUUGGACAUAGACUAAAGAUACGUGUAUUUGGACUCCAAGAUUCGUCUGAGAAUCGACCUGAUCCCUUCGAUCCCUCCUCUGGCUGGUGGACCCACGGACCAUGGACCCACUUUCCGUGGACCCCAUUUGGCCUGACAUGCCGCUGAAAUUCUCCCGAACCGUUCUCGGUCAAUGGCGACUGUUCAUGAAAUUGGAAAGCGAUUUCUACUUCAACCAAGAGCCUCAUUUCCCGUUUUCCUUGCUUUAUAAUAGCGAAACUCAUCAAUACGUUUGGCGGAUUUGGGGUCGGACUCGAGAAAGCGGCUUUGUGCAGGAUUACUCGCAAAUCUUGGCCAAACGCAGCCAGCUCUUUGCCCAGAAAAAGCCCUGUUUGGGCAUCAAGCCCCCGGAUGAAGGUUUCCCUUUGUCUUGCGUGUUUGCUAAGGCGUGUUCCGGCAUUGUGCCCGCCCAUGAGGACUCUCAUGUAUGCCGGGCGUGUCUCAAGGAGAUGGACUCGGACCAACAUGGCCAGUCCAACGUGAUCAUGAAAUUUGAACAAGAUUGGGAUGAGAGUGAGGCUGAUGAAGUGUGUGAAGCAUCGAGUGCCAACCAUGGCCUUGAAUCGCCUUACAGCCAACAAGAUCGAGAUUUGGAUGAAUAUGGAAAGGUGUCGUGCUCAAUUUGCCCCAAGAAAGUUCUUCCACGGUUCUUGCUCGCCCACGAAAUGUACUUUCACCAAGUGGGUGUGUUCAAAUGUGGCGAAUGUCCCUCCACGUUUGCCUCAGCUCCGGAUUUGGCCCGACAUUUAUCCGAGAUUCAUCCGUUUACGACCGAGGUAUCUUGUCCGAAUUGUCGGUGUGCGGUGAGUCUAACACCGAAUCCCAAUGAAUUAGUGAAGCAUAUCGGCCAGUGUCACCGAAACAAGUUCAUGGAGGCGGAGAAUGGUGCCCUCCUACCUUUGGUCAAUUUCUGUUUGGACUGUUGGAAAGGUUUCAAGACCGUGGACCUGUUGGAAGCCCAUGAGCAGACUCCGUGUACUUCGCGUUGUGAUGAUUGUGACUAUGAAACCCGCGAGGUUAAAGAGUUAGCCCAACACGUGUCCCAGAAGCACCCGGAGAAGACCUUGGAAAGCGAGAACCCCAUAGAGCCUGUCAAGCCCUUGAUAUCACUCAGUGAGCCUUCGAAAAGACCCAAACUGCUGGUCUCCUUUGAAGACCCGCUGACGAAUCUCGUUUGUGAUAUUUGUGGCAAGCUGUAUGGCACUCGAUACCAGUUCCAAUUACACAAGAGGCGUGUCCAUGGAACUCCAGUCGCUUGCAAGGAAUGUGGAAAAGUUCUCCGGCAUCAGACUCUUUUGGAGUUCCAUAAGAACAAGGAACAUUCUCAGUCGGAUAAAUUCGCGUGUAAGGAAUGUGGAAAACGGUAUGGUAAUCGAGGGAGCCUCAACAAUCACAUGAUUAUUCACCUGCCCCCUGAAUUCACUUGCCCCCAUUGUGGAAAACAAUUCAAGAAGAGUUAUGUCUUGGACCAGCACAUUCGGACGCAUACUGGAGAAAAGCCGUACAAGUGCAAUCAAUGCGAUUUCAGUACAGCCGCUGUGGGCAAUCUAAGACCCCAUGUCAGAUUCGUACACAGUGGGAUAGCAAGAAAACCUCGAACUCGUUCGAAACCUGAGCAAGAAAAAUCUUCCAAGGCUACAGAGGAGACGUGUCAGAAGAGCAUUAUGGUAAAAAACGACUGACUCACGUACAAAGGCUACGACUGAGACUACAUUCAGGUUUCAGAUUCAAUAAUAUAUACUCAAAGCAAAAAGCUGUGCUCUAU